AGUUUUUUUCUUCUAUCAUCGUCGUUGUGUGAAUGAACAGAAUAGAAAUGAACAUUGAUGUGGAAAAAUUAAUAUCAUUAAUUAAGGCAAGAAGGCCAAUUUACAAUUCCAAACACAAAGAACAUGCCAAUAAAGUAACUAUCGACAAAUUGUGGGCUGAAAUAGCAGGCGAAAUGAAUUGUGAAGCGUGGCAAUGUAAACACAAAUGGACAAGUCUGCGAUGUGCCUAUUCCAGAUAUUUGAGGGAAGGCAGUGGCAGGCAGUCUGGAUUGAGUGGCAAGCGUAGGAAAAAAUGGUAUUUGGCUGCUGCCAUGUCCUUUUUGAAGGACUACAUCAAGCAGUAUCGCAACAAUAAAACCUACAUCUCCGAGGACGAAUGCAAACAAGAGUUUGCAGAAAAAGGGUUUGAAUAUGACGACCCGGUAGAUGUUCAGAGCGUGAGCACAAAUAUCUCACAGACUACUCCCAUAGGCAGCCAAGUGGCAGUCAAAAGGAGUAGAAGCUUACUUACAGAAAGUGAAGCUGCACCAAUGAUUGAGUUCACACAAUCUAGAAACAAAGAAAAAUCACCAGAAAAUGCAAAUACAUUGUUUUUUAAGAGUUUACUGGCCGAUUAUGAAAAACUGUCUUCCAAAAGACAGAGAUUAUUCAAAUUGUAUAUGAUUGACAAAAUGAAUGAAUUGCAAGAAGAGGACGAAAAUGAAAUCUGA